AUGGCGGCAGCCGCGCCCGGGUCGGCUCUCCGGCGGCUCUACCUCUCCGCCUACAACUGGGUGGUCUUCUUCGGAUGGGCGCAGGUGCUAUGCUACGCGGCCUCGGCGCUGCUGGAGAGCGGCCACGAGGCCGUCUACGCCGCCGUCGAGCGGCCGCUGCAGUUCGCGCAGACCGCAGCCUUCAUGGAGAUUCUCCAUUCGAUUUUAGGAUUCGUGAGGUCUCCGAUCUCGACAACUCUUCCACAGAUCACUGGAAGAUUGUACAUCACAUGGGGAAUCUUGUGGAGCUUUCGUGAGGCACAAUCUCACAUUCUUGUAACUUCAUUGAUCAUAAGCUGGUCCAUCACUGAGAUCAUCAGAUAUUCUUUCUUUGGAAUGAAGGAGACAUUUGGGUUUGCACCUUACUGGCUCCUAUGGCUUAGAUAUAGCACCUUUCUGGUGUUCUAUCCUAUCGGUCUGUUAAGUGAGGUUGGCCUAAUCUUUAUUGCCAUUCCUUCUAUGAAGACAUCAUGGAAAUGCCGCCUUAUGAUGCCUAAUAAAUGGAAUUUCUCCUUCGACUACCGCUAUGAAUUGGCUCUCACCAUGGCUCUAUAUGUUCCAGGGUUUCCCUACUUGUUCCGUUAUAUGGUGGCUAAGCGGAAGAAGGUCUUGUCAGCGAAGAAAACUGCAUGA